AUGAAUGCACAGGAAAUUGACGAGGCGCUCUUACGCGCAACAGAAACAGGGUACAGUGCAUUUAUGGAAUUCGGGGCCAAAGGUCUUACGUACGCUGCUUCUACGGUCCUGACAACCGCCAUGAAGGGACAGGACCUAAUUGUCAACCACAUUAAUCAGCGCAGCUACAGUAUGGAUGAUCUUUGGCGUGACCGGCGACCCACUGAACCACUGGCUGCUGGGGAUUCUGCCCCUGAACAAAAGAAGCCUCAUCGGAGAUCGGCCACGGUAGGCGAUCCUGCUUCAAGGACCCUCCGUGCAAAGCAACCUUCGAUUCGCCGAUCGGUAGCGGAUACCCAUGUCCAUCGCAUCGGUCGUACAGGACGUGGUCAACAGAAGGGUCUUGCAACCACCUUCAUUAACAAGAGUGUUGACGAGUCGACUCUGUUGGAUCUAAAGCACUUGCUCAUCGAGGCGCACCAGGCAGUACCAGAGUUCCUGGUCGAACUGUCUUCCGCGACCGAGCAUGAGCUGGAGAUUGGCGGCGAGGUGGGCUGUGCAUACUGCGGCGGUCUCGGCCAUCGGAUCACCCACUGUCCCAAGCUGGAAGCCAUGCAGAACAAGGCGGCUGGCAGUAUUGGUCGUCAGGACUUUCUCUCCACGGCUGACUACUAA